CUCCAUUCCGACCAGAGCAAAGCUACCCCGCCCCGCCCAGCAGAGUUCCAUCCCAAAACCGCGGCAAGAACGCCGUCCGGCAGCAGGUGCGAUGAGCUUCUCGUCGGCGUGCAAGCAGCAGGUGCUGGGCGCGGGCGGCGAGGAGGCGAGGGAGGAGGAGGGGGCGAUGGAGCUCAUCCCCGGCCUGCCGGAGGAGGUGGCCGAGAAGUGCCUCCUCCACCUCCCCUUCCUCUACCACCGCCUGUUCCGCACCGUCUCCUCCAACUGGAACCGGUUCCUCACCGACGCGCCGGGGGCCGCCGCCAAGACCAAGGGCUCGGCCCCGCCGGCGGCGACGGUCUCGCUCUCGCUGCCGUUCCUCUUCGCCUUCGCCUUCGACCCCGUCUCGCGCCGCCUCCAGUGCCAGGCGCUCGACCCCUUCUCCCGCCGCUGGCUGCUGCUGCCCCCGGUCCCCUGCGGCGCCGCGGCCGGCUCGUUCGCCGUCGUGGGCCUCCCCGCGCGCGGCGAGAUCUACGUGAUCGGCGGCGUGGAGGAGGGCGGCGACAAGGCCGUGAGCAGCGUGGCCGUCUACAGCGCGGCGACCAACGGGUGGGGGCAGGUGGCCGGCAUGAGGACGGCGAGGGGCUACAUGGCGGCCGGCGAGGUGGGCGGGCGCGUGGUGGUGGCCGGCGAGGACGGCGAGGCGGAGGUGUUCGACCCAGAGGCCGGUCGCUGGUCGCCCGCGGCUCCCCGUGGCGGCGCGGCCGUGGCGAGGUACGACGCGGCGGCGGCGGGCGGCAAGCUGUACGUGACGGAGGGGUGGGCGUGGCCGUUCGAGCGCGCGCCGCGGGGCGCGGUGUACGACGCGGCGGCGGACGCGUGGUCCGACAUGGCGCGCGGGAUGCGGGAGGGGUGGACGGGCUCCUGCGCCGUGUCGGGCGGCCGGAUGUACAUCGUGGCCGAGUACGGCGAGUGGCGGCUGAAGCGGUACGACGAGCCGCGGGACGAGUGGCGGAUGGUGGCCGGCGGCGGGGUGCCGCAGGAGGUGCGGCGGCCGCACGUCGUGGCGGGCCAGCUGGAGGAGGUCGGCGGCGGCCGGCGCAGGAUCUACGUGGUCGGCGCGGGCCUCGACGUCGCCGUCGGCACCGUCGUGUCCGCCGCCAACCACGGCGCCGGCACGGAGGAGGAGCGGGUGGAGUGGGAGGUCGUCAAGGGCCCCGAGGAGUUCGUCGGGCUGGCGCCGUGCAACGCGCAGGUCCUCUACGCCUGAGCCGCCAACCAAGCUCGUCGGCGCCAGGCACCGGCGGGGGGAAGGGAAGGGAGACCCGACCCUGGGCCCGCACGUCAGCCACCAGCGCCUCCGUCAUCGCCGAGCCAGUAGCUCACUGCUGACGCCGCAGCGGUCGGGCAGCUACUGUUACUAGUACUCUACUAGCCAGCCGAGCGCACGGGCGGGCGGCGAGGCCUGCCAUGCGGGGCCCGCGCGUCAGCCACCGGUGCGAGAGCCUGCUGAGCAGAGCAGGGGAGGAAGCUUGCGUGCGUGCGUGCGUGCGUGCGUGUAAAGGGCAAAAUGAUUACACCUGCAGCAAUGGCUCGUAGCAGUCCACCAGGCUUUAUUUCCCGCUUUAUCAGAGCAUUUUUCCC